GUGGGCUCCGUUGAUGGCGAGAGGGUAGGGGGAGAAACAGGGCGGCCUUCUUUCGCGUCCGGCAAAGCCCCGUUCUCCGUUUCCGUGGAUCGUGUCUGGGUACUGGAAAGUCUGGAACCCCUCUCUCGCCCACCUCUCUUCCUAUCUGACCCUCACCCUCCCACUCCCUUCUUUCUUCCUAGGCAGCCUUGAUACCGCCUCUCCCGUUAUGUUUAUCACCCGCGACAACCCAGCAUAAAAAGAAAGCACCACUUUCUAUAUAAUACCCUUCUCUCUCCCCCCACCCAAAUAAAGACAAACGCUACAGGGUUGUGGGCUGUAGCUGCUCCGUCGUCUUCCCUGUUAUCAUAUAUACCUUAACUCAAAUCCGACUCCAACCCCACUCCAGCUCGGCCCAACCCAAUCCUUACCUCUCUUCUCAUCUCGACAGAAGCCCACCCACGAUGGACGGGUUGAUCGAGCGGUACCCUGCCGGGUACAUUGAGAUCAUGGGUAGCGUCUCCGUGCAGCUGGUGUACAUGGUCGUCGGGCUGUUCAUGGAGUGGUUGCGGCCCCCGUACACCAGCGCGACGUCCCGCAAGAUGCUGACGCAGAGCCUCUGGAACCACGUGGUGGCGACCAUGACCCACGUCGCCUUCGUCGUGUUCUCGGGCGGCCGGUCGAUGCUGACGCGGACCUUUGUCCGGCCGUACAGCCCGCCGUCCUGGGCCGAGCUCGCGAGGGACCUCGCCGUCGGCCUCCUGCUGCGGGACGUCGUAUUCUACGUCGUCCACCGGCUGUGGCACGCCCCGGGGGUGUACGAGCGGGUGCACGCGAAGCACCACGAGAUCCGGCACCCGGGCAACCACCACGUGUGGACCAUCAGCUACAUGUCGACGGUCGAUUUCAUGCUCCUGUACGGCGUCCCCGUGGUGGGUAUAGCCAAGCUGCUGGAGAUGAACAUCGUCACGACGCUGGCUUUCUCCCUCGUCUCCGCCGUCGGGGAGCAGAUCAAGCUGAUGUGGGGGGACGAGGCGCACGACGAGCACCACCUGAACUUGGCGCCCAACUACGGCGUCUACGGUCUCAUGGACACCAUCUGCGGGGCGGCGAGCCCAGGAACAGGGCUGGCCCGGAAGAGUCCCAAAGGAGCGUGAGGGCCGAGGACAGAGGAGGUGAUCCGGAUUGUAUGUAUUCAUGCGCUCUUCGUUCGCGCGAGAUGUAUGUGUGGGAUUCGCUGGGCUAGGCACCGUCCGGACGAGGAUUGGGUGCCAUAUCUAGCGUUUUACGGACGUCGGUAAUCGUCCGGUGCCUGACAGCAGAUGGACGGGCCUCGGUAAGGAGUAGAAGAGCCAGAUACCAACACGUACAAGGUCAGCCCGCUAUGUCGGUGCAUCCGUACAUCUUCUCCGUAUGAUAGGGCCCCGACAGAUCGCUCGCGAGACAAAAGCCAAACACACAAACACAUCUUACUCCCACUAUGGCUUCCCGGUCCUACAUGUCUCCAGCGUGGAGUUGCGUGAGUGGCAGGAACACAACCGUGUGCCGAGAACGCACCAAGAGUUAUUAUUGGGGGGGGGGAGUGUUUGGUGUUGACUUUUCUGCUUGGCUGUGGUCUACAGAAUCCAACAGGCGUUGUCGUUGUCUUCGUGCGGAAAGGGACGAUACGGUACUAGUACGUAUUA